AUGCAAAAACAAAGACCCGCUAGCUAUUGUCCUGCCGCUCGUUCAGAAAUGAAAUUUAGAAAUAGUUAUCCCGGAAACUAUAAUGCAAAACGACUUUCCCUUAACAUCCUUUGUAAUCUUAAACCACAAGUUGAUGUUGAAAAAAUUAAGUUGAAUUAUCGACGCCUCUCAAACACAUCAAAAACAUCUUUGUCAUCUCUUGAUUCCGGCGUAGGAUUCUCCAAGGUUGAUUAUGAAAUACAAAGGGCGUUAAGAGCUCAGAGAGUACAGCGACCUCAUAUAAUUGUACUUCACAAGGGAAAACCGAUCUCCAAGAAUUUAGAUAAUUACGAUGAAUUCGAGGAAAACAUCGUUGUAGCCGCUGCCACUGCAUCAAAACGAAACCGUCGAGAAAUUUCUGUCAUGCAAAAGCGUCGAACAAUAGAUUUCAGUGCGAACAUUUCAAGCGUCGGAAAAUUGGAUCAUCUCCAAGGUUUAAAAAGUAGCAGUGCACCUAAUUUAACCAUCAUUAAACCACCAUCAAAGAUAUUUCAAGAUCAAGAAGAGGAGCGAGAAAAUGAAGUAAAAGUAGAAAAAAAACCAAAGAGAUAUUCGAUCAUGCCUAAACAUAAAUUAACGUUUAAGGCUCUUUCUUGUUCACCUGGCCCAACGUGCUUGAAUUGCGAGAAAAGAAGGAUUGAGUGCAUAUUUGUUCCGGGAAAAAGACGUGGUCCGAUAAAAGUGGAACGUAAGCCAACUGUGAAAAGCCAAAAUAUAGCGCCAUCAGUAAAUGUAAUCGAGGAAAAUCAAGAUGUAUCAAACGAAGACGACAACGAAAGGAUUUAUUAUUCAAUUUUGGGACCAAGAUAUUAUAAUUUCACCGAUGUGCGGUUACCAAUAGACAACGAAAUCGCUGAAACGAACGCAUCCUGGAGUGGCACGACCGACACCACAAAUGUAAAUGAUAACCUGAAUAUGUCGGACCCAGGAUACGUGUUUAACGAACAACAACAAUUACAAGAUCCCAACCCUUUGCCGAAUAACGUAUUGACAACAUGUGUACCAGACAAUCACUUAUUCGGGUGGUAUAAUCAUCAAUAA